AUGGGAUGCCGUACCGUACAAAAGUCUCAGCACACGGAGCCCCUGAAACGCAGGAAUUCGCGCUUUGGAGCCAGCAAAACAACUCCGGCACACUGCCUUUGCAGCGUCCAUGCCUUUAGCUCUAUGUUACUCCGCUAUCUGCUGCAACGGAUCCUCUCCGUUCUGCUACCAAUAUCAAUAGCGUCUCUCGCUUACCUGUAUCUGUACCCCAUAUUCCAUGGCUGCGCAUUUCCCGUUCCCAACCCUCGACUUUCCGGCUCCGUUCCCAAGUCGACCGCGCUCGUGAACACUCUAAAAGAGCAUCUCGGCUACGUAUACGACGAUGGCGGCAGCAGCCGUGAUCGACAUGAUGAUACUGCGAAACGCAUAAUUCCUCCGGCGCCGUUUCGAUUUCUCGUUCUCGCCGAUCCACAGAUUGAAGGCGACAGUUCUCUUCCGCGCCCGAAUGAUGGGUUCACAGACCGGCUGGGAAGACACUGGGCGAGAGUCGUUAAUGCGACGACAUGGGAUGAACGUGUUCUUGCGUUUACGAGAGGUGCGCGAAAUGUGGUCAUGACGGAUGGCCCGCGGACCCUGGACGCAGCGCGCAAACGGCUGGAUUUAUUUGGGAAUGAUUACUACCUUGCCCAUAUUUAUCGGACGCUGCACUGGUGGACAAAACCGACGCAUGUUACGGUUCUAGGGGAUUUGAUCGGGAGUCAGUGGGUGUCGGAUGCCGAGUUUAAGGCGCGGACAGGACGAUUUUGGGGUCGGGUAUUCAAGAAAGGCACCAGGGUUGCUGAUGAGAUUACUAUUACAGGGUCAGAUAAGUAUGGUGCCGGUCCCGAAGUGAUAGAGAGGCUCGAAGCCUCCCAGCCCAAUGAGGAACCGAUUUGGUCGAAUCGGAUUAUCAAUCUUGCUGGGAAUCACGAUAUUGGAUACGCCGGAGAUAUCACCGAGAAACGCAUCGAGCGUUUCGAAAAGGCGUUUGGGAGGCACAACUGGGACAUGAGAUUCGAGUACCCGCUUCCUACGGCAAAUCAUUCCUCUGACAACGGACAACGCCCACCGUCUCUGCAUCUUAUUGUGCUUGAUAGCCUUCUGCUUGACACCCCGGCUUUGACUCAGUCGCUGCAGGACAAAACUUAUACCUUUUUGAAUGAGCUAAUCUCCUACCGUUCUCGCCCGGUCGAGGAAUCAAACUCCUUCACACUCCUUCUCACCCAUUUGCCGCUUCAUAAAAAAGCAGGCAUCUGCACCGACGCUCCACAUUUUAGCUUUUUUGCCAAAGACGACGAGAAGCCAAUUGAAGGCAAGUUGAGAUUUCAAAAAGGAGGAUUGCGCGAACAGAAUCAUAUUAGUGACCACCUCAGUCACGCGGGCAUUUUGCAAGGCAUUUUUGGCAUGAGUGGAAAUUCUAACGCUCCUGCUAAUGGCAAAGGGAGAAAGGGAUUGAUCCUGACGGGCCACGAUCAUACCGGCUGCGAUGUCAUUCAUUUCGUCAAUCGCACACUAGACAAGGUGGAAAGCCAGGCCGAUGAGGGAGCCCCAAGCUGGUCGUGGGGCGCGCGACGGUAUCAGCCAGAAGCCGAUGGUGGUCAAAACUUGCCUUCUACUCCUUCCAUCAGAGAAGUGACCCUCCGUUCCAUGAUGGGUGAAUUCGGUGGGAAUGCUGGCCUUUUAUCGAUCUGGUUCGAUUCAGAUCCCUCAGUCAUGGAGUGGAAAUAUGACCUUGUCAAUUGUCAAAUGGGCGUGCAGCAUGUUUGGUGGGCUGUGCAUAUCCUUACUUUUGUCUCAUUGAGUAUAUUUGUCGUUUGGCUGAUUUUGUGUCUGGUCGAUGCGCUCUAUCCCUCAUCGGGGACGGGGGUUACCGCAAAGAACAAUCCAAUCCUCAGGCCUAUGACACGGAAGCCAACGAAUGUAGGCGGGUUAUCCAAGGAUGUCCAACACAAAGGGCGGUGA